AUGGCGUUUCCAGAGCUGAACAAACACUUGAUAAUCUCGGGGGCCGAUGACGACGACAAUAACAAAGAAGAAGAAGAAAAGAUGAACAUUGGGAAGAAUCAAGUUUUGGUGAAAGUCCGAGCGUUUUCGGUGAACCCGUUGGACGCGGAAGUCGCGCGCGGAUAUUUAGGAAAGUUUCUUCCACGCUUGGAUGGAGGAAAAGGCGGCAUUGGAUUAGGGAAAGACUUUAGCGGCGAAAUCGUGAAACUGGGAAGAGGAGGAGGAGAUGGAGGAAAGUUUGAGAUUGGGGACGAGGUGUUUGGAGCGAUAUCGGCGGCGGAUUUUAGGAACGGGACGAUGGCGGAGUACGUCCUCGUCGACCGGAAACAGUUGAUGAGAAAACCAAAACGGUUGACGCAUAAAGAGGCGUGCGCGAUACCGUUUGCGGCGUACACGGCGUACGCGUGCUUGAGAACGACCGGGUGCGUGGAUAGGAAAGAUCCAAAGAGGAUUUUGGUGUUUGGCGGCGGGAGCGCGGUUGGAGAGUGCGUGGCGAGGAUAGCUUUGAGGAGCGGAUUCGCGUCGACAGUGGUUGCGACGGCCGGGAAAGCGAGCAAACAGAUGUUGAUGGAAGACGUUGGCGUCGAGCGAGUGAUUGGAUACGAAAACAAAAAGAAGGAUGGAGAGAUGAAGAAUCAAGAUCACGGCGACAGUAGUAGUAGUAGUAGUAGUAGCGGUAGUACAACGAGUAGCAAUAGUAGUGGUAGCAGUAGCCACAAUAGCGGCGACAGAAAAACAAGCGAAGUGAGGGAAGGCGAGAACUUUUCGGCGAAGAAUUCGCGGUUCGUCGAUGACGCCGAACCUUCAUUCGACGUCGCCAUCGACACCGUCGGAAGUGCAAAAACGAAGUUCCAAGCCGCGAAAGCGCUGAAAAAAGGUACGGGCACGUACAUCACCUUACACGGCGACAUGGCGCAACUCAUAGGCGAAUCCGGCGUUCUUCGCGGCGGUGCCCAAGCGUCUUUAGAGCUCUUGCGCGAAAAAGCCUUCGCUCGACUUCAAUACGACAUCGGAUACGAUUGGGGGUACGCCAACGCGAACGAUUUCGACGCCACGAAUUUGAUCGAAUACCUCGUCGAUAAAGGUUUCUUAUCCGUGAAAGUCUACGACGAUACGAAACACGAACAAUCAGGACCCUUCCUCGGCUUGGAGAGCGUGGAAAGAGCGUUCAAAGCGUUGGGAGACGCGUCGAAAAAAGGGAAAAUCGUCGUCGAGAUGCCUUUGUAA